GUUGGCUCCAGGAAUAGUGGGUGGAAGCGGCUGUCGGUCGGUCGGUCGGUCGGACGGUGGGUGGGUGUCGGGGUGGUCGUGCUGUUCGUGUCAGCGGAGGGUCGGGUGGCUGUCUGCUUGACUGAUUUCGGAGACGAGUUGUGGCGGUCGCAAGAGUAUCCUCUCGCCAUCGUCCCGUCAUUUGUGAAGAAAGGACGAGGGAUGGACGCUUCUAAUGAAGGCCUGUUGCAAGGUGAUCCAGCACCCGAAAUUGGAGAAGAUGCUGUUGCAACUUCUGACCUUGGAGGUGGAAUGACAGAUGAUGAGCGAGAAGAGCUGACAAAUGAACUUGCUAAAGUGGAGGAGGAAAUCCAAACACUUUCUCAAGUGCUUGCAGCUAAAGAAAGACAUGUUGCUGAAUUAAAGAAGAAGCUAGGAUUGACUCCAUUACAUGAACUUAAACAGAAUUUGUCAAAAAGCUGGUUAGAUGUACAAUCCUCCACAGCGUUUAAGAAGACAUCUGAAACCCUCUCUCAGGCUGGCCAGAAGGCUUCAUCUGCAUUUACUAAUUUUGGUUCUGCUAUUACAAAAAAAUUUGAAGAUGUUAGAAAUUCACCAACUUUCAAGUCAUUUGAAGAUAGAGUUGAAAGCUUAAAGGUGACUGCCCAGAAAAAUGACUCAUUUGCAACAUUAUUGAGGCGCUCUCCUCUAAUCCAGAUGGGCCCUACCAAAGACAAAGUAGUCAUUGGUAAAAUUUUCCAUAUUGUGGAUGAUGACCUUUAUAUUGACUUCGGUGGCAAGUUUCAUUGCGUGUGCAGAAGACCAGCAGUAGAUGGAGAGAAGUAUCAGAGGGAAGUGAGAGUACGUUUGAAACUUGUUGAUCUGGAGCUGACAUCACGCUUCCUUGGAGCCAAAACAGAUACAACACUGCUAGAGGCAGAAGCUACACUCCUGGGGUUGUUGGACAUUAAGGAUACAAAUCAAAGUGGUUGAAAGUUAUGAGCAAUGAUGUAAUUUUGUUUCCAUAAAGAAUAUAUGUAUCUUGCUUACUAUUUUAUAAGGAAUAAACUUUUACAGGGUACACGUGUGUGUGUUGGUCAAUUCAGACAUUGCAGAUAUUUUUAUUGAUACAGCUUCAAAACGGCAAAUGUGAAACAACCGUUCACUUCUCUGAAAGAAUGAUGUUUUCCUGCUCACUCUGAUAUAAUCCUCCUGUUGUGUACACACUGCUGUGAUUUUCGUUCAAACAAAGUUCCAAAUUCUUAUUGUUCCCCUGAAAUACUGGUCUCCACAGAGGUAAGCUUUUCCAAGUUCUGUGUUAAGAGGCUGUUCAUCUCAGCAACAUCCAAUCAUACUGCAUAUCCAAUCAUACCUAUGCAAUUCCUAACCUGACCACUGUUCAGAAAUGUUCUUGGACAUGCCAUUCGAUUAAGAUUAACAUAUUAACUGACUUGGGUUUUGCUUUAAUGAAAACAAAGAAGUCUGUAAAUACUCGACAUGUUUGACAGUCUGUAGAGAGAGAAAUAUUGUUAACAUUUCAGAUUGAUGCUUUUGUUUAAUAGGUAUGAAAAAAUCCAAAAUAUUUGUGCUUGAGCAAAUGCAUUUCCAUUUAUUCCAUUGAUUAAAAUGUGCACUUGAACAGUUUAUUCUUUGCCACUGAAAGGAUUGAUGGUAAAAUGACAUAUAUCCAAUAAUCCUAUGACAAUCGGCUGGACAAAUAACCAAUUUUUUAAUGUACAAUGUAUUUACCUAAACUGUACCUAGAAACUGAUUUACUGUAUGUAACUUUGUCAUUGUCCUAGUCAAUAUUUUGGUAAUUCUAUUGCAGUCUGUUGAGAUAAGCUAUAUUGUCUGCUGUUAUAUUUUGGAUUAUCAUCACACAGGGACAUUGCUGAUUGUGACGUGGACCUCUGUUUUCAAAUACAGAAUUGCAAAAUAUGAAGGAUUUGACAAACAGUUCAUUUUAAGAAUUAGUUACACAAUGAAAAUUGUAGUGCAAAAAAAAAUUUGUAGUGAGACUAUCACUGUUUGCCCUUUUUUUUCUCAUUUUUGGUUUGGAAUGAUGAGCUGAAGUUGAAACUGAAAGUUUGAACAGAGCUUUUUUUUUGAAAAAUGGAGAGAAUGAACAAACUGAUGUUUGCAAAUGGGAUCAGGCCUGGAAAGAUAAUUGCAGGAUAAUUAUUGUCCAAAGGCAGCUGUUAGGAUGUUGUAUUGGUCGGCCAAGGAAGGGCAGUGCAGGCAAGGCAACCAUAGAGAAUGCAUUAGACCAUAAGACGUAGGAGUGGAAGUAAGGCCAUUUGGCCCAUCGAGUCCACUCCGCCAUUUAAUCAUGGCUGAUGGGCAUUUCAACUCCACUUCCCUGCACUCUCCUUGUAGCACUUGAUUCCUUGUGAGAUCAAGAAUUUAUCGAUCUCUUGAAGACAUUUAACAUCCCGGCCUCCACUGCGCUCCGUGGCAAUGAAUUCCACAGGCCCACCACUCUCUGGCUGAAGAAAUAUCUCCUCAUUUCCAUUUUAAAUUGACCCCCUCUAAUUCUAAGGCUGUGCCCAGGGGUCCUUGUCUCCCCGCCUAACAGAAAUAACUUCCCAGCGUCCACCCUUCCUAAGCCAUGCAUUAUCUUGUAAGUUUCUAUUAGAUCUUCCCUCAACCUUCUAAUCUCUAAUGAAUACAAUCCCAGGAUCCUUAGCCGUUCAUCGUACGUUAAACCUACCAUUCCAGGGAUCAUCCAUGUGAAUCUCCGCUGGACACGCUCCAGCGCCAGUAUGUCCUUACUGAGGUGUGGGGCCCAAAAUUGAACACAGUAUUCUAAAUGGGGCCUAACUAGAGCUUUAUAAAGUCUCAGAAGCACAUCACUGCUUUUAUAUUCCAACCCCCUUGAGAUAAACAACAACAUUACAUUCGCUUUCUUAAUCACAGACUCUACCUGCAAGUUAACCUUUUGAGAAUCCUGGACCAACACUCCCAAAUCCCUUUGUACUUCUGCUUUACGAAUUUUCUCACCGUUUAGAAAAUAGUCCAUGCCUGUAUUCUUUUUUUCCAAAGUGCAAAACCUCGUAUUUGCUCACGUUGAAUUUCUUCAGCCAUUUCCUGGACCACACUCCUAUACUGUCCAAAUCUUUCUGCAGCCUCCCCACCACCUCAGUACUAUCUGCCUGUCCACCUGUCUUCGUAUCAUCGGCGAACUUUGCCAGAAUGCCCCCAGUCCCUUCAUCCAGAUCAUUAAUAUAUAAAGUGAGUAGCUGCAGCCCCAACAUUGAACCCUGCAGGACACCACUUGUCACUGGUUGCCAUUCCAAAAAAGAGCCUUUUAUCCCAACUCUCUGCCUUCUGUCAGACAGCCAAUCCUCAAUCCAAGCCAGUAGAUCACCUCGAACACCAUGGGCCCUCACCUUACUCAGCAGCCUCCCAUGAGGCACCUUAUCAAAGGCCUAUUGGAAGUGUAGAUAGAUAACAUCCACUGGGUUUCCCUGGUCUAACCUCUUCCAAGAAUUCCAGCAGGUUUGUCAGACAUGACCUCCCCUUACUAGAUCCAUGCUGACUUGUUCUAACCCGACCCUGCACUUCCAAGAAUUUAGAAAUCUCAUCCUUAACAAUGGAUUGUAGAAUCUUAUCAACAACCGAGGUUAGGCUAAUCGGCCUUUAGUUUUCCAUGUUUUGUCUUGAUCCUUACUUAAACAAGGGGGUCACAACAGUGAUUUUCCAAUCAUCUGGGACUUUUGAAAGAUCACAACCAAAGCCUCCACUAUUUCCUCAGCCACUUCCCUCAGAAUUCGAGGAUGUAGCCCAUCGGGGCCUGGAGAUUUAUCAAUUUUUAGACAUUUUAGCUUUUCUAGCACUUUCUCUUUUGUAAUGCCUACCAUGCUCAACUCUGCCCCCGGCUCUCCUUAAUUGUUGGGAUACUGCUCAUGUCUUCCACUGUGAAGACUGACGCAAAGUACUUAUUAAGUUCUUCAGCUAUUUCCUUAUCUCCCAUCACUAGCCUUCCAGCAUCAAUUUGGAGCAGCCCAAUGUCUACUUUUGCCUCUCGUUUGUUUCUUAUAUAUUGAAAGAAACUUUUACUAUCAUUUCUAAUAUUACUAGCUAGCCUACCUUCAUAUUUGAUCCUCUCCUUCCUAUUUCUUUCUUUAUCUUCUGUUUGUUUUGUAGCCUUCCCAAUCUUCUGAUUUCCCAGUGCUCUUGGCCACUUUAUAGGCUGUCUCUUUUCCUUUGAUACAUUUCCUGACUUCCUUUGUCAGCCAUGGCUGUCUAACCCACCCCCAGAUAAUCUUUGAUAAUGGGAACUGCAGAUGCUGGAGAAUUCCAAGAUAAUAAAAUGUGAGGCUGGAUGAACACAGCAGGCCAAGCAGCAUCUCAGGAGCACAAAAGCUGACGUUUCGGGCCUAGAGCCUUCUUCAGACUUUUUUUUUAAUGUACCGGAGGAAGAGGUGGGGUUUGGGGCCUGUGUCGGUGCAGAAGAGGGACUGUUCCACGUAACCUACAAAGAGGCAGGCAUAGCUGGGCCCCAUGCGGGUGCCCAUGGCCACCCCCUUAGUCUGUAGGAAGUGGGAGGAGUCAAAAGAGAAGUUGUUGAGUGUGAGGACGAGUUCAGCUAGGCGGAUGAGAGUGUCGGUGGAGGGGGACUGGUCGGGCCUGCGGGACAGGAAGAAGCGGAGGGCCUUGAGGCCAUCUCCAUGCGGAAUGCAGGUGUACAGGGACUGGACAUCCAUGGUAAAUAUGAGGUGUUGGGGCCAGGGAAUUGGAAGUCCUGGAGGAGGUGGAGGGCGUGGGUGGUGUCACGGACGUAGGUGGGGAGUUCCUGGACCAAAGGGGAGAAAAUGGAGUCCAGAUAGGUGGAUGAUGAAGGGUCUAGGCCCGAAACGUCAGCUUUUGUGCUCCUGAGAUGCUGCUUGGCCUGCUGUGUUCAUCCAGCCUCACAUUUUAUUAUCCCAGAUAAUCUUUCUUUUCUUUGGGAUGAACCUCUGUACUGUGUCCUCAAUUACACCCAGAAACUCCUGCCAUUGUUGCUCUACUGUCUUCCCCGCUAGGCUCUGCUUCCAGUUUUUUUUUGUCAAUUCCUCUCUCAUGCCCCUGUAAUUACCUUUAUUUAACUGUAACACCAUUACAUCCGAUUUUGCCUUCUCUCUUUCAAACUGCAGACUGAACUCUACCAUAUUAUGAUUGCUGCCUCCUAAGUGUUUCCUUACUUUUAGAUCUUUUAUAAAGUCAGGCUCAUUAUAGAUGCAGAAAAAUGGGAAACCAUAGAUUGAAUUGUUUUUGACUUGGUCUUUGGUUAGAAGAUUGUUUGCUGAGAAACUGCUGAACUGUAGCACUGUGCUAAAGAUUUACCUCUAGUUUUAUAUUCAGUCAAAGAAUUGUUAAAGGUUCUGAAAACAAAAUCCCAGAUUAUAAGAAAGAAGUGACUAUUCCUAGGAUCCUACUGGAAGUUGUUUUCAUUGUCUGGUGAUUUCAGAAUUCAAACAAGAUACAACUCCAUGUAAUACAAUGGAUUGUUCAAGGAUUCUACAAAGACUGGUACUCAUCAUCGAACUGGCAAAUUACAACUCUUAUUCUCUUUUAAUUUAUCCUUUAACUGUAUGUGUCUGUGUCACAGUCAGGGUUAUGUUUAAAAAAGAUUAGUUUUGAUCAUGGACAUUAAUUAGAUUACUUUGUUUAGCUUUGUUCUGCUAAUGUUUCAGUAUUAAUAAUAAAUUGUUACUUUUUGAUUAAGUUAUAAACUUGGUGUCUGACAUCUAAAGUCUGGUUAAUUGGCCAGUUUUGAGGGUCAUUGAAUAUUUUACUUUCAGUGAUAAUAAGCCUGAUUUAGUUUGGCUUGCUAUUGCUGUGUUGAAACAUUAUUUUUGAAGUUAUUGUAAGAUGCAAAGAAAUAUAUAAUCAAUUAAAGUACACAUUGUUAGUUUUUUCCAACUUGGCUACCCUUUUUAUUUUAAAUGAAAACUUCCUACUGAACCAAUAAUUAAAAUCAACUCUGUAAAAGAAAACACUUUUGAAAGAUGACACAAGUGAUAAACCUGAUAUGUAUGAGGUCUCAUGAAGUUCAUUUUCACGUGUUUGGCAGACUGGUCAAAACAAUUGCUAACAACUAGUCUUCAAGGGGGCAAAAAAAUUAAUACUUAACAUUUUGCCCUAAAACACUUUAUUACAAAUUAAAGUUUUGAAACUGCGAAUUUUCUUUCAGAAAUGCUGGUCCUUUCUCACCUCCGUCUCACCUAAAUUUUUGAUUCCAGUAUGUGAGAUGUGAUGCAGAGUAUCUUGGUAUGUCUAAAGUGCCUCACCCAUGUAGCCAUUUUACAUGCAGAAGUCUGCAUUGUUGAUGUUAGCAAGCUAUUUGACUUUAGGGGCAUCACAGUCAAAUAUUGUCCUGUUCUCUUCAGUCGAAGCACUAAAGAAAUUUGUUGCAUUCUGUGUUAGCUAGAAAGCAACCUUGUUUUAUUUAAUAAUUUGAGUAGCUAAGAAAAAUUGAGAACAAUUCUGAUAGGUAGUAAGUGAAAUAGAUAUCAAAUGUAAGGCAGCAGGCCG